CCUGAGGCCGGGAUGGUUAGCAUGGCUCCGAGGAUGAUGGGGGUACCCCAGGGGGGGAUGCCCGCGGGUAUGGUGCCCGCUCAGGGCAUGCAGGGGAUGUAUGCCGUCCAGCCUGGGCAGCAGGGCCAGUGGAACAUGGGACAGAUGAACCAGCAGAUGUCAGGGAUGAGUCUGAAUGGUGCCGGGGGGGGCAUGGCCUUCGGUCAGCCUGCCUCCACCAUGGGAGGCUGGGCCGCUUCACCCUCCGGUCAGACACUCAGCACACAGCUCUGGAAGUGACCCACCUGGAGGUCAAAGAUCAGGGAUUGGGGGUCAGGGCAGCGGAAGAGGGGGUCUCAACCAGGGGGUCCGAAAUUCAACAUCCAACCCCCCAGCAACCUUACUAUGAACUGAUGCCCGUUCUCCAACUGUUACUGACCACUCUCCAACAUCAAGCUUAUCUGUCUCUGUUCGCAUACUGAAGAGAUGCAUCCUUUCUUCAGGUAAGCACAGAUCCAUUGGUGAUUGGACAGGUGAAAGCAAGGUGACGGUCUUAUUACUCUGACCGGCCCAACCAAAUCAGAUCAGUGAUUACUUCAAGGAAGGAAGCAUUUCUGAAGUAUUCAA